AUGAAUGGAAAUUAUAAUGGAAGAGGAGGAAUAGGAAGUGUUGAGAGUGAAUAUAUAAGAAGGCAUCAUACACAUGAUGAUCUUGCUGACCAUCAGUGUAGUUCUGCUCUUGUGAAGCACAUCAAAGCUCCAGUUCAUCUUGUUUGGUCAUUGGUGAGAAGAUUUGAUCAACCACAGAAGUACAAGCCUUUCAUCAGCAGGUGUGUUGUACUGGGAAAUCUUGAGAUUGGGAGUCUUAGAGAAGUAGAUGUUAGGUCAGGGCUUCCUGCCACCACAAGCACUGAAAGAUUGGAAAUUCUCGAUGAUGAUGAGCAUAUUCUCAGCAUCAGGAUAGUUGGCGGGGAUCACAGACUUAAGAACUAUUCUUCAAUCAUUUCCCUCCAUCCGGAGAUCAUUGAUGGACGACCAGGGACUCUGGUGAUUGAGUCUUUCGUGGUGGAUGUACCUGAUGGGAACACUAUGGAUGAGACAUGCUACUUUAUCGAAGCUUUAAUCAAGUGCAAUCUCAAAUCACUAGCCGACGUCUCAGAGCGCCUUGCAGUGCAGGACCGAACCGAGCCCAUUGAUCAUAUGUAA